GAAUUAGUCGCCAUUUGUAACAAUUUCCUUGAUCACUGAGCGUGAGCAGCAAGAAACAUCCUAGGGAACGAUCGGAGUGGUUAUAUUGAAACAGUAAGAGAGAUAGAUGAUAUAAAGCUUACGUGCGUAUCAGUGUAUAUUAAAAUCGACGAUGUUCGGCAAUAUAUAUCAUGGAUGAAAUCGAAUGUCGAUAUAACUUAGGAAAUUAUAUUUACACUAUCAAAGAUACUAAGGAAGUACAUACAAGAUUGAAAAGUGAGUAUAUUAAAUUAAAUGGUACUAAUUUGGAAUAUCAAGUACAAAAUAUAAAUACAACAGCAGGUUGGUACAUGCGCACUUGUCCAAUUGUAAAAGAAAUAAUUAGAGAAACUAUAUUUAUUAUUUCUAUGAACUAUUAUCUAAAUUAAUUAUUAUUAAUCGUAUCGAAGGAUUUCUUUAACAAUAUAGUGUUUUUUACAAUUGGAAUAUUUGUUUCCAAUGGAGGCCUCGUUCGUUUGGACAAGGAGUAAAACAUUGUUGCUAAUUGAAGCCUAUGAUGCUAGGAAAGAAAAAUUCAUAGAUCCUAGAAUAAAAAAGAAAACUCUUUGGAAAGAAAUUGCUCUAGAAUUCGAGAAAAAAAAUUAUUACGUGUCUGCUGAAAAUUUAGAUAAAAAAUUUAGGAACUUAAAAAGGACGUACAUCAAAAUCCGUGAUAAUAUUAGAAAAUCGUUUAUGGGGAAGGAAAGAGUUACGUGGGAAUAUUACGACUAUUUACAAAAAAUUUAUGAGAAGGAUUAUCCUAUUAUGAUAAAUACAAGUUUAGAAGAUAAUGAAAAUAGCGAUAAGAUAUCGCAAAAUCUUGUUAAUAGCGACAGUUCAUUAUCUGCAAAAUUUGCAGCGGAUGAUGAUUUCGUUGAAAUAUUAUCUGAUCAAAUUGAUCGAUCCGAACACUACAAUGGUACUACGCAAAUAGUAUGUGAUACAAAACCAAAUACUAUACGUGGAAGAGUAAAAUUAAGGACACAAAGAAAAAGACAAAUGAAAACACUUAGAGAAGAACAUCUUAAUUUAGAAAAAGAAAAGAUUAAAGAGCUUCGACGUUUGAGAGAGGCAAUAGAAAAUAAUAAUGAAAUACAGAGAGAGCGUAAUCAACUUUUUUCAGCUCUCAUAAUGAAUAUAACGUGUGAAACGUUGAAUGAAUUUAAAUUUGGAUCUUUUUGUGAAAAGAUUUUCAUUAUUCACGUUUCAACUUGAUCAAAAUGGAACCAAAGCAGUCUAAUUCGAUCUAAUGUAUUUAUAGUAUAUCUAAGCUUGUUACUAUAACAUGUAUAUAUUUGUAUAGUAGAAUCUAGCAAAAAUAAUCUAAUAGAUUGAUCAAAUUUAUGUGUAUAAAGAAAAGUGUAUAUAAUAGAUUUUUUAAUAAUGAAACAUACAUUUUGCUAACUACUACAUUUUUGUAAUAAUUGCAAAAUAAAGUUAUCAAUAAUUCCUUUGCGAAUAGUCGUCAAAAUGGUAAAGAAAAUUGAAGUUCAAUCUAUUUCGUAAAGUAAUUUUUAUACACUGAUCUAAUUUUUUUUAUGGAAUUCUUUUAAAUGCACAUUAAUACAACUUUGGCAGUAUAUAUUUACACGCUAUCAUAAUAAAAGUAAUACCAUUUUGUUUUGUCUUAAGCAUGAAACAUAGAAUUUCAAUAAUUACAUUUUAGAAGUACGGAAUUAUUUCUACUAGAAUUUUGUGUCAACAAUAAUAACACUAAUGUAAAUGGAAAUUCGAAGACAAAAAUGUACGUUAUAUAUCUUACAAUUAACUGAAGAGAAAUAAUUUGUAUUACGAAUAUGACACUUGUUAUUUAGGUCAUGUAUAGCCUAAGAAUAUUUGUACAAAUAUUUUAACUUAAAAAUUACAAUUAUAUAUAUAUAUAUAUGAUCAAUUUCACAUUGAUAAAUAGAAGCAUAUCGCCUAUAUAACAGUGGUGUACCCUAGUAUCUCGGAAUAUAUUCAGUUAAGUAAUUUAUAUGAAGUAUAUAUAUAUACAGAGAAAUUCAUAUUACAUAGAUUAUUUAUUUGUUCAUUAUUCGAUUGGUGUACCCUAAAACGAAAUAAUUCAUCGUUAAAUUAAAACAUUAAUCAUAACCUAAUAACUAACAAAUUAUUAAGUUAGUAACUUAAUAACUAACAAAGAUAACAUAAUCAAAUCCAUAAACUAAUCGUAAAUAGAAUGAGGGUUAUAAUAGACAAAAUUUACAAACCCAUUCUUGAGCCAUCAUGAGUAUAGUCGUGUUCGAUAACUUUGGUCCAAUUAACGGAUUCAUUUGUGCCAUGUAACAACACAACCA